AUGGGAUGUGGCGUCACAAAGUCCAACCAGUUCCACAAACAAUCCAAAAAAGCCGUCACAUCGAUAAAGGCAGCCGUCCUGAUUCAGCGAUGGUACCGGCAGUAUGUGGCCCGCACAGAGAUGAGACGCAGGUACACCUGGCACAUCUUCCAGUCCAUCGAAUACUCUGGAGAACAGGCUCAGAUCAAGCUUUAUAAUUUCCUCGGCUACCUCAUGGACAAUUUCACACCAUCGAGCAAUGAACGAAAUCUGAUCUCUCACAUCUUCAGAGAGAACGAGGUGUGUCGGGAAGCAGAGUGGGAGAGGUACUUCUGCUUCGAGAACAUCGAGGUGCCGGAGAUCUACUCGGGACCUCACCUCACCUUUCCUCUGACUGUGGAGCAGGCAGUCGGUUUAGUGGAGGCGUUCAGGAACAAGAAACAGCUACACUCACGUUACGUCCUCCAGCUUCUCCUGGAGACGUGGAAACAGCUCCGGAUGUUGCCAAAUAUCAGUCGCGUCUCCACCUGCCAAAGCAAAGAAAUCACUGUUUGUGGUGAUUUACACGGGCAGCUGGAAGACCUGCUGCUGAUUUUCUACAAGAAUGGCAUGCCAUCCUUGGAGAAGCCGUACGUGUUUAACGGAGACUUCGUGGACCGAGGCAGAGACUCCAUCGAGAUCCUCCUCAUUCUGUUUUCCUUCCUGUUGGUUUAUCCCACCGAAGUCCACCUGAACCGAGGAAACCACGAGGACCACAUCAUCAAUUUGAGGUACGGCUUCACUAAAGAAGUGUUGUCUAAAUACAAGAUGCAUGGAAAACGGAUCCUGAAGCUGCUGCAGAAGAUAUUCAGCUGGUUGCCCUUGGGGACGGUGAUCGAUCAGAAGGUGCUGGUUGUCCACGGUGGGAUCUCCGAUACCACGGACCUCAGCAUCCUCGCCAGAGUAGACAGGCACAAUUACGUCUCAGCACUGCGGCCUCCAAAGAAGAGACACCUCAGUUCAACCGGCGCAUCCACCGACUCCGACAUGGACGAGGACUGGUCCAACAAGCUCCUCCAGCGCCGGGCCUCCCUCACGUAUCCCAAACCUAUGGGAACCCGCGCCAGCUUCCAGAACCGCUCACUGCAGGAUUUUUCUGACCGGAUCAAAGUGAAUGUGGAAGACGACCUGGAGGCCCGCCAAAGGAAAUUAUCCGUCUUCAGCCUUGGGGUCAACAGUUCAGAAAACGAGGCAACCCAAGCUCUGCCCAUUGAAUCUGUCGUCAUUGAAAGCGCCGAGGACGAGUGGAAGCAGAUCCUGGACCUGCUGUGGAGCGACCCCAUGCCCCAGGAUGGCUGCAUCCCCAACGAGCUGAGGGGCGGAGGCUGCUACUGGGGCCCCGACGUCACAGAGGACUUCCUGAACAGGCACAACCUGCAGCUCAUCAUCCGCUCCCACGAGUGCAAACAGGAGGGUUACGAGUUCUGUCACAACCGUAAAGUCCUCACUCUCUUCUCUGCGUCCAAUUACUACGACGUGGGGAGCAACAGGGGCGCCUACGUCAAGCUGGGUCCCAACCUUGUGCCUUACAUGGUUCAGUACCUGGCCAGCAGCAUGAUCAGAGAGCUCACCGUGAGACAAAGUGUGGGACGAACCGAGCGCUCGGCCCUCAAAGUCCUGAGGGAGCAGCUGUUUUCGCACAAGUCUGACCUCAUAAGUGCCUUCAAAAAAUUAGACAGCCAGAACACAGGUCUGGUGUCUCUGAACAACUGGGCCACUGCAGUGGAGAGUGUGAUGCACCUCAGUCUGCCCUGGAGGAUGCUCCGCAGUCAGCUGGUCACCUGCAAGACCAGCGAAGGCAUGAUUGACUACUACGAGUGGUUCAACGAGCUCGCCAUCAGAGGACCCAACAUUGAUCAUAUCGACCAGGGUCUGAUCGAGACUUUGUACCGACAUCGCUCCACAUUGGAGACCAUCUUCAGAAUCGUAGACACAGAUAACUCAGGUUUCAUCACCAUGGAGGACUUCAGGCAGACAUGGAAGCUGCUGAGCGUCUACCUAAAGAUGGAGAUCACAGAGGAGGCCAUCUCCGACCUGGCCGUCACCAUCGACACCAACCACGACGGCAGCAUCGACAUUGAGGAGUUCAUGGAGGCCUUCCGCCUCACAGACAAGAAGAGCCGCCUGGAGCGAGGACGCAGCAUGUUCAUAGGGACGGCCAACGACCUCACCAAGCUGGAGGGAGACCCCAACAUCUGA